AUGAACCAGGUCCACAGCACGCCUCUACAAUCCCUACUGGGAGGCUUUGGCAUCUCCCUCUCCGUACACGGUCUUCUGGUGUUGAAUGGAAACGUGCUCGGUAUCUCUGGCUUCCUUCACAGAGCUGCCAGAGGAGGAAAUGAAGCUCUUGCGGGUGUCCUUGGUCUUGUCCUCGGCGGGCUGAUAGUAGGAGCCAUUGAGGGCAAGGGACCCACAACCUUCGAUAACAAUCUGCCCCGGAUUAUCACAUCCGGCUUACUAGUAGGAAUGGGCGCCAAACUUGCGAACGGCUGUACUUCUGGACACAUGAUUUGUGGCAUCUCGCGUUUCUCUUUGCGUUCCCUGGCCGCUACAGUGACAUUCUCCGCUACGGGAAUCCUUACCGCCCUCCUCCUGCACGCAAAAUCCUUACCUUCACAGGGUUCCAUGGAUUGGACUCUGAGUCCCCUAGCGAAGCCUUUGAUCGCCUUACAAACUCUUCCUCUAGCAAUUCAGGCUGCUCUCUAUUUCCACGCCCCUCAACUUGUCCCCGAAGGGGAAGGUGAAGGGAUGCAUCGGAAGUCUGCCACAAGUCGGUUACUGGUGUUCCUGACCAGUAGCCUAGAUUUUGCGUUAGCCCUCCGAGUCUCCAACCUCACGGAGCCGCUGAAAGUCAUUGGCUUCCUCGUCCUUCCUUUCGACCGUAGCUUCGACCCCUCGCUCGCCUUUCUCACCCUCGGUGCCUUACCUUUAACUACCCUCCUCUAUCGCUAUGGUCGUGGAGAGCAUCCUCGGCUAGGCGGACCUUGGUCCGUACCUAAGUCAGGUAAGGUUGACGGACGCCUUCUGUUCGGAGCGGCUAUAUUUGGGAUUGGGUGGGGAAUGGAGGGUCUCUGUCCUGGUCCUGGGUUGGUUAAUUUAGGCAGAGCUCUCUCAACCGGUCAGAACGUCGUUCCCAUGGCUGCGUGGAUUAGUUCAGUCAUUGCCGGUGGCCUGCUCUACUGA